AUGGGCUUUGACCUGGAUCGCUUUGCCGAGCCCGUGGACCCGGAUCUCAAGUGCAAACUGUGCAGCAAGGUGCUGGAGGAGCCGCUGUCCACGCCGUGCGGGCACGUCUUCUGCGCCGGCUGCCUGCUGCCCUGGGCGGUGCAGCGGCGCCUGUGCCCCCUGCAGUGCCAGCCCAUCUCGGCCAAGGAGCUGCACCAGGUGCUGCCGCUCAGGAGCCUCAUCCAGAAGCUGGAGAUCAAGUGCGACUACAGCCCGCGGGGCUGCGGCCGGACCGUGCGGCUCCACCAGCUGGCCGCCCACGUCGAGAUGUGCGACUACAGCCCGGCCCGGUGCCGCCACAAGGGCUGCCCGGAGGUGCUCAGCCUGAAGGACGUGGACGCGCACAUGCGGGAGAGCUGCGAGCACCGCCCGGCCGGCAUCUGCCAGCAGGGCUGCGGCUUGGUGCUCCUGCAGCGGGACCGGGCGGGGGGCGCGCAGCCGGGCGGGGGGCACUGCUGCCUGCGGGCGCUACGCAGCCAGAACAGCAGCCUGCAAGGCCAGAGGGCCAGCCUGGAGCAGGAGCUGAAGCGACAGGCCCUGAAGUGGAGCCAGAGGGAGAAGUCGCUGCUGGCUCAGCUCGCGGCGCUGCAGAGCGAGGUGCAGCUCACGGCGCUUAGGUACCAGGUGAAGUUCAACCAGUACAUGAGCCACAUCAGCAGCAUCACCAGGAACCUGGCCGGCAGCCACCCCUGCAAGGGAGGAGAAUCUAAGCCAUUAACCAUCAUGCUACAAAGAGAAAAUGAUACUUUGGGAUUCAAUAUUGUAGGAGGACGACCCAAUCAGAACAAUCAGGAGGACUCUUCACCUGAAGGAAUUUAUGUGUCAAAAAUCUUGGAAAAUGGACCUGCUGACAAGACAGAAGGCCUGCAAAUUCAUGACAAGAUCAUUGAGGUCAAUGGGAAGGACCUCUCGAAGGCCACUCACGAAGAGGCAGUGGAAGCUUUUCGGAAUGCCAAGGAGCCAAUUGUAGUUCAGGUUUUACGGAGAGCACCCAUUAAUAAAACACAUGGUAGCUCACAGGAUGUUCAGCUUGUGGAUGCUAGCACUCAGACCGACAUCACCUUUGAGCAUAUUAUGGCUCUGGCCAAGCUUAGGCCAUCCACACCUCCAGUACCAGAUAUCUGUCCCUUUCUGCUUUCAGACAGCUGCCAUUCUCUUCACCCAGUGGAGCAUGAAUUUUAUGAAGGUAAUGAGUAUCUUUCCAGCCUGCCUGCUGAUGCAGAUAGAACAGAGGACUUUGAGUAUGAGGAGGUCGAGCUGUGUCGUGUUAGCAGUCAAGAGAAGCUGGGGCUGACUGUCUGCUACAGAACAGAUGAUGAGGAAGACACAGGAAUCUAUGUCAGUGAGGUUGAUCCAAACAGCAUUGCUGCCAGAGAUGGCCGGAUCCGAGAAGGAGACCGCAUUCUGCAAAUAAAUGGCCAAGAUGUCCAGAAUCGGGAGGAGGCGGUGGCAUUGCUCUCCAGUGAUGAAUGCAAGAAAAUUGUGUUGCUGGUUGCAAGACCAGAGAUGCAGCUGGAGGAGGGGUGGCUGGAUGAUGAAAGGAAUGAAUUCUUAGAGGAGUUAAACUUGGAAAUGUUGGAAGAACAGCAUAAUGAAGUAAUGCAGUUCACAGCCAAUGAGGUGGAGCAGCCAAAAAAGCAUGAGGAGGAGGACGGCACAACAGACACUGCAACCUCGUCAUCCAAUAACCAUGAGAAGGACAGUGGAGUGGGGCCUACAGAUGAGAGUCUGCGUAAUGACGAGAGCUCAGAGCAGGAGAAUGCACCCGAUGAGCAGAACAAAAUGACCCUGCAAAGCACCCGGGAGCUGGGGCAGAGCCAGGAUACGUUAGGAAGCAUUGAACUCCAGUGCAAUGAAAGCUUUGUGUCGGGGGAAUACAUUGAAUCUGAUUUCAUUGGAAACCAAGAUGAGGAGUGUGAAAGGUUCCGGCAGCUGCUGGAGCUCAAGUGCAAGAUUAGAAACCACGGAGAGUAUGAUCUGUAUUACUCGAGCAGUACAAUACAGUGUAACAGAAGGGAGCAAGAUGGGGUGGAGCAUGAGCUACAGUUACUCAAUGAGGAACUGAGAAAUAUUGAGCUUGAGUGUCAGAAUAUAAUGCAGGCUCACAGGCUUCAAAAGGUGAAGGAUCAGUAUGGAGACAUUUGGGCAUUACAUGAUGGAGGAUUCAGGAAUUAUAACACCAGCAUAGAUGUACAAAGAGGUAAACUGGAUGAUAUCAUAGAGCACCCAGAGAAAUCUGACAAAGACAGCUCUAGUGCUUACAACACAGCAGAAAGCUGCAGGAGCACUCCACUGACUGUAGAGCAGUCCCCUGAUAGCUCGCUCCAGAGAAUGAUCAGCAUCACCAACAGGAAAAACCUGAGAAGCACAAUUGUAGCUAAUCAGUUGUGUCCUGGACAGAGUGGUAGGGAGGUAACCCCAUCCAAAACCACUGAGCAAAACAGCACUGUUGAAGAGAAGGAAACGGUUGCAGAGAGUAGCAAUUUCACAGAGCAGGAGAAGCAAAGCACUGAGCACAUUCCUUACCUAUCUCCAUAUCAUAGCUCUUCAUACCGGUAUGGGAAUAUACCUGCUCAUGCAAAGCAUUAUCAAAGCUAUAUGCAGCUGAUCCAACAGAAAUCCGCAGUGGAGUAUGCCCAAAGUCAGCUCAGUCUAGUGAGCAUGUGCAAAGAUUCACAGAAGUGUACAGAGCCCAAAAUGGAAUGGAAAGUGAAAAUAAGGAGUGAUGGAACAAGGUAUAUCACUAAGAGACCAGUGCGAGACAGAAUCCUGAAGGAACGUGCCUUAAAGAUUAAAGAGGAGCGCAGUGGGAUGACGACAGAUGAUGAUACGAUGAGCGAAAUGAAGAUGGGUCGUUACUGGAGCAAAGAGGAGCGGAAGCAGCAUUUGGUGCGAGCCAAGGAGCAGAGGCGGCGGCGAGAGUUCAUGAUGCGGAGCAGGUUAGAGUGUCUUAAGGAAAGUCCACAGAGCGGCAGCGAGGGCAAAAAAGAAAUUAACAUUCUUGAACUUAGUCACAAAAAGAUGAUGAAAAAAAGAAACAAGAAAAUCUUGGACAGCUGGAUGACAAUCCAAGAACUGAUGACACAUGGUGCUAAGUCUCCAGAUGGGACAAGAGUGCACAAUGCCUUUUUAUCAGUUACUACUGUAUGA